UACCUACGUAGUCAUUACUGUCAGUGGUAGUCAUGAGUUGAAAAUUUUAGUUUGCGAUGUGUCUAUUGUGAAAAUAUCAAAAUUAUUCGUUUAUUUGAGUCACGGUUAAGCGUGUGAUGUGUCGCAAAAACCGUUAUCGAAUAUUGCGGGGCAUUUUGUUGAAAAGUUAGCGAAUAUCGAGGCGCAGACUCCCUGUAUCCAGGCAGUAACGCGUCCCCGCAACAUAAAACUAUGGGUCCGUGGUGCCGCGUGUUGUCGGCUUGCGGGUGAGGCCGCGCGUGCGACAUGGGCGCGCUGCGACGCACGCACGGCGCGGCGCUGCUGGCGGUCGGGGCCCUCCUACUCGUGCUCUUCGCGCACCUCCCGCCCGCGCCGCGCCCUCCCCCCGCACCACGACCGGCGCCUCUACUAGUGCCACCCUCCACCCCUCCCGCUCCCUCCAACCGCACAGUUUCCACCCGCGCGUCCCAAACUACAGCGCCGCCGCACCCACCCUCGCCGACCCCGCGACCCAAACCCGCGCCCCUUCUCACUAAGGACGUCUACGUGAGUGGACACGAGCGGCCCCACCCUGAACUGUGUCCGGCGCUGGGGGCACACCUCCGUAUGUUAGUGCUGAUCACGUCUGCGCCCUCGCAUGCUGAGGCGCGCGCUGCCAUCCGUUUCACCUGGGGUCACUACGCGGCACGCCGGGACCUCACAAUCGCCUUCAUGCUGGGCACUCCGCCCCCUGACUUGCGCUCUGCCCUGGUCGCCGAGGACGAGCUGUACGGAGACCUAAUUGUGGGCCGUUUCCGAGACUCUUACUCGAACCUCACGCUGAAGACGCUCUCGAUGCUGGAGUGGGCGGACACGUACUGCCCGCGAGCGCCGCGCCUCCUGAAGACGGACGACGACAUGUUCAUCAACGUGCCGCGCCUGCUGCAGUUCGCGGCGGCGCCGACGCGCGCCAACGCGACCCGCACCAUCUGGGGGAAGGUCGUGAAGAAGUCGUACCCGAAGCGCACCACCAAGUCCAAGUACUACGUGUCCCCGCUGCAGUUCUCGGGCAAGGUGUUCCCGGAUUUCGCGACGGGGCCGGCCUACCUGCUGACGACCGACGUGGUCCGCGAGCUGCUGGCGGCCGCGCCCCGCGAGCCCUACCUGCGGCUCGAGGACGUGUUCGUGACGGGCGUGCUGGCCGCCAAGCUGCACGUGACGCGCCGCCUCGCGCCCGAGUUCUACAACAAGAAGGUGCAGGCGCACCCCUGCACCGUGCAGCGCGGCGUCGCCAUACACAUGGUGCGCUACCACGAGCAGUUCGACCUCUGGCGGAAGCUGCUCGACGGCAAGACCAAGUGCGCCAGCUAGUGCGACGACUAGUGCGCCAUCCAGUGCGCCGCAGCUAAAUUAUUACCAGCCACCAGUAUCCACGAUUUACGUUUUUUUUAUUUUUGUGUCUUAAAAUAACACGAAUUGUGAUUAUUUACUAAAAAAGAAGUAAACAUUGAGAUUAAGUAAUGAUGUAUAUGUAGUGCAGUAGUUAGGAUAUGCGGGGUGCAAGACGAGACCUUGCACCCGUUAUUUUUUGAAAAGUUUUGAAGAUUGAUGGCGCGUACCGGCGGCCGCCUCUCCAGCAUGUUUGAUUGGUUUCAUUUUGAGGGGAACCCCUCCAUAACGUUCGGAACACUUGCACAGACGCUUGACGUACACUUUUGAAGAAGAUGAACUUUUUCAAAAAGCUCUUUGAAUUUCAUCCCUAAACUGUAUCAUCUUCAUCACUUGUAUCAUCGGUAUUCCAGAAAUUGUAUCCGAUUAUUGUCCCCCUCCUUUCUAAUCCUCUCGGUACUUUUAGGCAUUUCAAGCACUCGUCACCGUUCUCGUCGAACUCGUCGAAGGGUUGGUCGUGCCCCCAGCCGUCGCCCGGUCCGCCGGGAUCUCCCCGGAGCUGUCCAGCGGAUGGCGGUUCCGUUCGAAAUAGUUAUCUUUGAGGCACCAGAAGCUUCCACAAAGACUCAUUAAAUAGAAUAAUGCCGUAGUGCUGCUAAGUACGCGCUGGUCGUCCGCUGCGCUCUACCGGAGCGGCUUCAGUACAAUCGUAUGUGUUGGCGGGCGCAUGUUCCGUGGACCCGCCGUCCCCCGGCACGCCCUGCUUAACAAAGAGACGCCGACAGCGCGCGCGGAAUUACUUCACAAUAAUAUUGUCAUUAGCAGAGCGUCUUUUUUUUUUCCUACCUAAGCUGAUAGCCUUGAGAGGCUAUUUCAGCGUAACCCUAACGUGUAGGUGAGCUCACGGGGCUCGGACCGGACGAUGUU